GGCGCUGUUCUUAAAAAAAUCUGCCGGGAAAAUUGAUCGCCGCCUAGUUGUGCAAAAAAACUAAGAUGCCAGCUUGAGACCUCUACAUGCUGCUAAAGUUACAGGAGAAAGCAACAUGGACGUGUCUAGCAGAGCAGUGGAAUUAAAGAAGACGCUGAAAAAGUGGGAGAAAGCGUUUCACGACACCCACGAUAGAAAAGCAAGCAGAUUAGAUAUUAAAGAGGCACCACAGCGAGUACAAGAUGCUUACAGAGAAUACAAUGAUCUCAAGAAAACGGGUGAUGGAUCGUCAGUGCCCACAGUCACAGAGGACAAAACAGAGAAGAUAUCCAGCGGCACCUGGGGUGCUCAUCUCAAUCAGUCUAACAAGAGUACUGCAGACAAGCAAUCCGAGGCAGGAAGCAAGCAUGAACAAGGCAACAUACUGCGCCAGUACAGUAGGAAACUGCAACACUCGACGAGUGCAUCUAAGCUCCCAAAAACGCCAUCCUACAGACGAGCAGGCUCUGGGUCAGAUGCGUCCAAGACGUCUCCCAAGGAUGCUUUCCAGGCUAGCAUCCCUGACGAUGACCCGAGCUCUAAGGAGGAUGUCAUCACCCAAAAGUCUACAGGGAGUAUCUUCAGUUGUCUGCGCGACACCAAGAUCGCUGUCACCAGCUCCUGUAAGAAGGCCAAGCUCCGGAGAGACGAUGUCGCGGUCGGCAUGCUCCGUGCGAAACCUCCCAAGAAGCAGUCUUUGAAAACAGAAUGGUUGGACAACUGUGAACAGGAUCUCCUGGUAGGAGUUAAGGGUCUACCUGCGCAGGACUCUGAAAGCACGCCGCAUCGAGGAACUGUGGGUAAUCAUGCCAAAACUAAUCAAGAAAACCAAGAGAAUAUUUGGGAUGGCGAGUCGUCCAAAAAACCGGGGCAUAAACUUGAUGAUGCAUCAAAACCCACACCAAGUUCAUCCCUAUUGACAUCGGACUACUCGGUUGCACAUGGAGCUAACAGAGGUAACAGCUUUAGUAUUAAAAGCUCUUCUGAGUCUGAAAAACUUCAUACACCUAAGAACUCGGGCAGUAGGUCAAAAACUGCGUCAGUGGCUGGUGUGAAGAUGGAUGUUAAUGAUGAUCUAGGUACGAAACAAUCGUUUCGUUCCAGAGCUGACUGUGAGAUUCCUGAAAGAAGCGAUCCGGACAAUUCAGUCAUGAGAGAAUGCAAAGCUUCACCUGGAGAGGUUGCCAUGGAAAUCAGAGAACGUACGGUUUCCAAUGGAAGUAUCAAAGCGACCGGUUCACCAAAAACGUCAAUUUCUCCACUUUCAAAUGUACCAAAUAUGAAAAGAUCCGAAAGUCCAUCGGUCAGAACACCCAGACAAAUUUCUGACAACCCUGCAACCAAACUCAUGACACAUGGAAGAGAUAUUGUCACCAAGGCACAACAUGAAGACAGUCAUCACAAAGAAUCUUCAUUCAGGGAGGAUGAUGACGACUCCAAUUUGUGUCGGAAACCUAAACCAGGUAUUAUUGGAAAUUUACAAGAAGUGAGCGAGCUAGAUGCCUUGAGAAACGAAGAGGACACAAUGAAGAAAGAGCAAGGGGAAUACACAGGCGUGGAUGGUGCAACCUUAGAAAAGAAGAGCGUGCGAUCCAAGAAAAUUGCUUCUUCUACGUCCAGAACGUCCUCUUCGUCAGCUACAGCUCCCGCACGAUCCAACCUGAACGAGAACUUUGUCAAACUGGAGAUGAAGAAGAAGAGGUACACUCGCAAGGGGCUGUUCCACAUGAAGGGGGAGGCCUACAAGCGUCAGGUGUGGAAGCAGAAGAUGGCAGGAGGCGGGGGACUGGGCUUAUCAGGGCGGGGCGGGUGGAGGGGAGGAGGGCGUGGUGGUAGAGGGAGGGGCAGGGGAGGAUUCAACAUGGCCAACCCGACAGACAAGUGCUUCAAGUGCGGACAGACGGGCCACUGGGCCAGCAGGUGCAUGGGUUUCCAGCCAGGUGCUGGAGAUGACAAAAAAGCAGAGAUUAAGGAAGAAGAUUUUCCGACACUAGAAGAAGCAGCGAUGGCCGCCCGUGGCAUCAAGAGUACCCCGGAUGGAGAGAAAGAUGCAGGCAGUGUUGAUGUCGUUCCUGAUGCCAAUGUAGAGACAGUCUUUGACUUCCCUCCACCGCCACCUCCCAUAGAACCACUCCUGCAGCUCAACUCAGACGGAAAACCUGGUGAGGCCCCGUCGUGUGUCUACAAAGCCUUGAAGCAGAUGGGUUACAGUAGCUUCCGGCCGGGCCAGGAGCAAGCCGUCAUGAGAAUCCUCUCAG